AUGUCAACGGACCACCCACGGUCACCUACUCCACCCCCUGCUGGCCCUCUACCUAUUCGUCGCCUCCAUGAGUCUCUAAUCAACCGCAUAGCAGCAGGAGAGAUUAUCCAUAGACCAGCUUCGGCUCUGAAGGAGCUCAUAGAGAACAGUCUUGACGCUGGCGCUACGUUCAUCCGUGUAACUGUCAAGGACGGAGGGAUGAAGCUCUUGCAGAUACAGGACAAUGGAUGCGGGAUACGGAAAGCGGACCUUCCCCUCCUCGCAGAAAGAUUCACAACGUCGAAACUCACCACAUUCUCCGACCUUUCACGCAUCAGGACCUAUGGCUUCCGAGGCGAGGCGCUUGCAUCGAUAUCUCACGUCGCGCACCUUUCUGUCAUGACUAAGACCAAGUCUGAUACGGCUGCGUGGAAAGCUCACUAUGCUGAUGGGGCUCUUACUCCCCCGAAGUCAGGACUGUCACCAGAUCCUAAGCCAUGCGCUGGAAACGAUGGAACCACAAUUACUAUAGAGAAUAUGUUUUAUAAUACGCCAACACGUCUCUCGGCCUUGCGAAGUUCUUCCGAAGAAUACUCUCGCAUACUGGACGUUAUGACGCGAUAUGCUGUACACAAUCCCAACGUCUCAUUUAGUUGCAAGAAGUCAGGUGUAUCAGGUCAGGACCUGUCAACGCCUUCCAACUCAGACGUACGCCAGACCAUUCGUCUGCUUUAUGGGCAUGCAAUAUACAAGGAUCUGUUGCACGCGAAGGCAUCAUCUUCUAGCUCGGAUCGGGACAACAGCACGGAUGAUGACGACCCUGAGUCCUGGAGCUCUGAGGCGUACUUUACGAACGCCAACUAUCAGGCAAAGAAAACCACGUUUCUUCUCUUCAUCAAUCAUCGUCUAGUCGAGUCAUCUCGCAUUAAACGUGCUCUCGAAAGCGUUUAUAGCGCAAUUUUGCCCAAAGGGAUGUCACCAUUUAUGUAUCUGAGUUUAGAUAUCGAUCCCCAGGCGGUAGAUGUCAACGUUCACCCGACGAAACGCGAGGUCCACUUCCUGAACGAAGAAGCCAUCAUUGAAAAUGUCACGGAUGCGGUGCAGCAGGAACUUGCGGGCCAGACUCAGUCGAGGGUGUUCCAGUAUCAGACCCUUCUCACGGGCGGUUUGGCUGGCGACUCGACUCAGAGUACUAAGUCAAGAAAAGGGAAGGAGAAGGAAGAGACUAAAGACCCAGACGAGGACGAGGAAGAAGCAAGCGCAGACGAUGAAGAUCUACGUCGUGGAACCCAAGAGAUAAAGAAAACAUUGUCUCAGCACAAAGUUCGCACAUCUCAACACGACCGCACACUGGAUUCCAUGUUCCCAGUGCUCAACCCCGAUAAAGCCAAUGAGGUCGUCAACAGCCAGGAUCAACCUGCAAAGGCAGACAUCGCGGAGUCUUUUUGUGACCUCACGUCAAUUCAGGAACUCAGACAGGAGUGUCUCAAGGGCAAGCACCACCAAUUGACUGAAAUACUGGAGAAGCAUACUUUUGUUGGAGUAGUGGACCUGAACCAGUCUCUGUCGUUGAUUCAACAUUCCACCAAGCUGUAUCUCGUCAAUCAUGGCGCCUUGGCGGAAGAACUGUUUUACCAACUCGCACUACGCCAGUUCGGCGAAUAUGGCCGCAUGAGGCUCGAACCUCCCCCCUCUAUACGUACGCUCGUAAAAUUAGCGAUCGACGUAGAGGAUACGUCCAAGAGCCGGUACAGUAAAGAAGAGAUCGUCGAGCAUAUCGUGAGCAUCCUAAUGAAGCGCAGAGAAAUGCUCGCGGACCUCUUCAGCCUACGUAUAUCCGAUUCCGGAGAGUUAGAAAGCCUUCCGCUCUUACUUGGCGGGUAUACGCCGAAUCUGGACAAGCUACCGAUGUUCCUUAUGCGCCUUGGGCCGCAGGUGAACUGGAACAUCGAGAAAGCAUGCUUUAACACACUUUUUCAUGAAUUGGCAUACUUCUACUCUCCGACUCGCAUGCAAUUUUCUAAUAGCUCAAACGACGUGGAUGCUACCCAGGACAAGUCAGACAGGUGGCAGAUCCAGCACGUUUUAUUCAAAACCAUGCGCAAGAACUUCGUUGCACCAAAAUCUUUGUUGGACUCGGAUGUCGUGCAGAUCGCCAGUCUUCCGGACCUAUACCGGGUCUUUGAGCGCUGCUGA